GGCGGCAGCGGGAUAUUGUUUAGGCAGCUAUAGUCGGCGCGGGGGGCCGCAGCCGAGCAGGGACGAUACUGUUGGCUGCCUUCUUGCUAUUUAGCCGCCGAUCCUGAGCCAUCGCCAUGGUGAAGAUAGUGAGCAACCUGUCUGAAUUCGAGGCAGAACUGAAAGCUGCUGGUACAAAGCUUGUAGUAGUUGAUUUCUCUGCCACGUGGUGUGGACCAUGCAAAAUGAUCAAGCCUGUCUUCCAUAAUUUGUCUGAGAAGUAUGGUGAAGUCGUGUUCAUUGAAAUUGAUGUGGAUGAUGCCCAGGAUGUGGCUACACACUGUGAUGUGAAGUGCAUGCCAACGUUCCAGUUCUACAAGAGUGGAAAUAAGGUGCAGGAGUUCUCUGGGGCCAAUAAAGAGAAGCUGGAAGAGACCAUUAAAAGCCUAGUCUGAUCUCUAGCCAUGGAGACGUUGAAGCAUGACUGCUUCGGCUAAAUUAUAGCCUGCAACUUUUCUACUUUAAAAAAAAAAAAAAAAACAACUUCUAACCAAACUAGCUAGGUGAAGUGAUGGAAACUGUCUUCUGGGUCUGUGUAAAUGAGUACA